AUGGAGUUAGAAACUCUCAUAAAAUCCCUUGAGGCAGAAAACUCAAACCUACAACAAAAAGCAAGAGAACAACAAGAUAAAUGUACGGAAAUUGAGGAGCUGAAGACUAAGAUGAAAACAGCAGAAGUUAUAAUUUCACAGUACUCAAACUCCCUGCAAAGCAAAAAUGAUAAAACUUCCAAGCUCAGAGACGAACUGGAGGCAUUGAAGAAUGAAUUUAAAAACAUGAUUACAACCAUCCGAGUUUUGGAGAUAGCAAAUAGGACUUACGAGGAGGAAAUUAUUGAAUUAAAGGGAAAUAAUAUAACACAUCAGGGUGAACAGACGAAACAUGAGAGUGAAGCUGAAAGCAAAAAUAAUCAUAAAAACCCUAAAAAUAAUAAAAAGCAGAGAAAGCAAUCUAACAACAAUAAUAUAAAUAAAAGCAACAAUAAUGAAAACAAAAAUAACAUUGAUAAUGGUACCGAUAUUAAUGAACCUAACAACAUUACCGAUAAUAUAACAGCAACAAUAAGUGUCAACACCAGUUCUCAAAAAAAACAUAAAAUAUUGUUUCUUACGGACGAGUAUGGAAAGUAUUUGUUGCCUCCCUCGAAAACCAGCUCUGUGAGAAAUUUUAUGUGCAGACUAUUACUAAGCCAAAUGCUACAUUUAUGGACGUUACCAAGGGGCAUGAUGGCUGCAUUUCUAAGAUGACCAGCUCAGAUUAUGUGAUUGUCAUGGCUGGUUUAAACAACAAUGACAUUAGGUUAAGUGAUAUUACCUUACUCGCAAAUACUUGCUUUCAUACGAACCUAAUUUUUUGUACAAUACCUGCGAAAUGUGUUGAUAAUUUGCCAUAUGGAAAUGUACAACAUGUGAAUGGUAAGAUAUUAAAUGCUGUAAAAAAUCUGAGGAAAUUUGUAACUAAUAUUAAUAGCCUCGACUUAUACAAUAGAUUUAGAUAUUCCGACUAUUGUAAAAAUGGUAUCUUUCUUAAUAGGAAAGGUCUUACCAAACUAGCUUUUUUCAUAAAAAACAUGGUUAAUAACUUUGAUUUAUUACAAUCACAUUCACACUUGAAGCAGAUAAAUCUGUUACCUUUCAAUUCUAAUAUUAAUUUUGAAAAUAGUGAAAGCCAUGAAAACAUUAAUUCUUUUGUAAGUACAAUAAAUUGCAGUAGUUCUCAAAAAAAUGCUGAAACAGAGAAUCAUUUUUUAGCAGCAGCUCACACAAUUUUGAGAAUAGUAUGACGUCUAGAAAUUUGGGUGCACAUUGUAUUUCCAUUCUUAGUUUAAACAUUCAUUCUUUGCGCAGUAAAAUGCAUCAACUUGUAGUUUUUCUUGAUAGUCAUAAUCCAGAGUUAGUUAUGUUGACUGAACACUGGUUGGAAGAGUGGGAACCAUGUCAUUUAGAAGGUUAUAAUGUUGUAGAUAAAUUUUGUCGUAAGGGGUCACAUGGUUACGGGGGAACCAUAAUUUUUAUCAAAGAAUCGUUUUUGGAAAAAUUUAGUCUAGAACCAGUUAAUAAAUAUAACCACUUGUGUAUUCAAAAUGAAUUUGAAUUUUCAAUAGCUUUUAAUGGGAAUGAAAAAUUGUAUUUUAUGUGUAUUUAUAGACCACCUGUUGCCAAUGCUACAAGCUUCUUUGAG